UACUGCCCUCGAACGCAUCAACGCCAUCCAUCCUCAAGGAAAAGAUAGAUGUGCAAAGAAUAAAGUUCAAGAAAGCGAAACAGUAGACCACACCGCACACAAACACCUCCCAACCCAUCGAGAAGCCCCCAUCCCCGUAGAGCGGCGCGCCUAGGAAGAAGCCCAGGAAGAAGCGGAGGAGCAAUGGACCAGCACAAGGAGCUGGAGGUGGAUGUGGAGGGAGAGCCGACGGAUCAGCGCAAGGAGGAGGAGGUGGCCGGCAAGCCUGAAGAAUCAGCGGGUCAGCGCAAGGAGGAGGAGGAGGAGCGGGAGGAGGGAGACAGUCUCAGAGAGCCAACGGAUCAGAGCAAGGAGGAAGAGAAGGAGGACAAGUCUGAAGAGCUGACGGAACAGCACAAGGCGGAGGCGGUGGCGGUUGCGGUGGUGGUGGCGGAGGUGGACAAGCCUGAAGAGCUCACCGACCAGCGCAAGGAGGAGGCGGGGGCGGUUGCGGUGGACAAGUCUGAAGAGCUCACCGACCAGCGCAAGGAGGAGGCAGGGGAGGAGAAGGACAAGGAGACGGAGAGGAGCUCCGGCGAGGAGUCGCCGUCGCUUUUCAUGCACCCGUGCUCGCUGCUGCUGCGGUACCUCGGCCGUGCCUACGCGUGGUGCAUGGGCCUGGCCGACUGGUUCGGCGGCGGCACAAGGCCGAGCGCCGCUCCUGCCGCAUCUCUUAACUCGUCACGGGAAGAAGCAGGCGAGGCGGCGGACAUCGGUACCAGGGAGAUCUCCAAGACCACCUCUGGCAGAGGGUUCUACAUGCGGGAGGUGAUCAUGCGCGUGAGGGCGGUGAGGAGGCCGCGGCCGCCCGGCAACCCGAGGGAAGGGCGCGGCGGCGGUGGAGGAAGCCACAACUAGCUAGCGUUCAGCCUGGCUAGCCCUACGUACGCCUACCCGGCGGCAAUGGAGUGAGUACGUACGUACGUCGUCUCAAUCUUGGCGCGGUACAGUUAGCAGGCUGUCAACUUGUGAAAGCAGGUGACCUUUGGUUGUUUGUUUGUUUGUGUGUAUAGCAAAGUGUCUGGAUCUGGAUAAUUAAGGAAUUAAGUACUGACGUUCUUCACGUAGACAUGGCUGAUCAUAUCUUGCAAUAAGAUUAAGAGAACUACUGUGUGUUACUGUGUUAGUACAGCUGCUGUCUGUGCUCUGUAAGCUGAUUGAAACCUGAACUUAUCUGCUGACAUUGGUAGUUAACUGCUACUACUUUUUGUCUGUUGCUCUAA